AUGAGGAAUCACACGGAGCUGGAGUUCCUCCUGCUGGGAAUACCUCAGGCAGAGGGACUGGAGACUGUGCUCUUUGUCAUCUUCUCAUUCAUCUACUUCUUCACCCUGUUGAGCAACUCCCUCAUCCUCAUAGCCAUUUAUUCCUCUUCCACCCUCCACACCCCCAUGUAUUUCUUCCUAGGAAUCCUAUCCAUUUCUGACAUGUUGUUCCCCUCUGUCACCUGUCCCAAGAUGCUAUUCUACCUCUCUGGCCAGAGCCGAGCCAUCUCUUACAAGGAAUGUGCUGCACAGCUCUUCUUCUAUCAUUUUCUUGGUUCCACGGAAGGCUGCCUCUAUUCUGUGAUGGCUUGUGAUCGCUUUGUUGCCAUCUGUCACCCACUGAGGUACACGCUCAUCAUGAUACCCAGAGUCUGUGUGGGCUUGGUCAUAGGGACCUGGCUGCUGGGUUGUCUUCACGCCACCACGCUGACCUCCUUUACCUUCCAGUUAACUUACUGUGGCCCCAAUAACGUGAACUACUACUUCUGUGACAUUCCUGCUGUCUUACCCUUGGCUUGCACUGACAGUUCACUGGCCCAGAAGGUCGGUUCCACGAAUGUUAGCCUUCUGGCUUUAAUGCUGUUGCUCAGUAUUUGUGUCUUCUACACUGGCAUUGGGAUUGCCAUUUUGAGAAUCCGUUCAGCAGAGGGUCGGCAGAAAGCUUUCUCCACCUGCAGUGCCCACCUCACUGCCAUACUCUGUGCAUAUGGACCUGUAAUCAUCAUCUACCUGCAGCCCACACCCAACCCCUUGCUUGGUGCCAUGGUGCAAAUACUAAAUAAUCUGGUCUCGCCCAUGCUGAACUCAUUAAUCUAUUCCUUAAGGAACAAGGAAGUGAAGAGGUCCCUGAAAAGGGUGUUCAGCAAUGUAAUAAUUACUGUCCUGAAAUAA